UCAUAAAUUUAUGUAGGUAGGUACAUACGUGGUACAUACCUACAUACUUAUGUUUUAUCUAUGCAUUAAACAGAGCCGGAACUCUACAGAAUUUUACUUCUUUAAAGCUUGUGUUUCAUCUUCUUUUUCAUUCAUCGUCUGAGAGUGCAAAACGUCUGAUAAUACUUUUAAACUAGCUUAACGAGAUAAUUAUACGGGAAUAUCAAAAUGGCUGAACCUAUAAGAGUUGUUGUAACUGGUGCUGCCGGACAAAUUGCAUACUCACUUCUUUAUCAAAUUGCGUCUGGAGCAGUUUUUGGACCUCAACAACCUGUCUUCCUCCACCUUCUUGAUAUUGCGCCUAUGAUGGGUGUACUUGAAGGUGUUGUCAUGGAGUUGGCCGACUGUGCUCUGCCACUUUUGGCUGGGGUUCUUCCUACAGCAAAUCCUGAAGAAGCUUUCAAAGAUGUUGCUGCUGCUUUCCUAGUUGGUGCUAUGCCCAGAAAGGAAGGUAUGGAGAGGAAGGAUCUUCUUGCUGCUAAUGUGCGCAUCUUCAAAGAGCAAGGCCAGGCUUUGGACAAAGCGGCUCGUAAAGAUGUGAAGGUCCUUGUUGUUGGCAACCCAGCCAAUACAAAUGCUCUAAUAUGUUCUAAAUAUGCUCCAUCUAUUCCAAAAGAAAAUUUCACUGCCAUGACUCGUCUUGAUCAAAACAGGGCUCAGUCCCAACUUGCUGCUAAAAUUGGAGUACCAGUUAAAGAUGUUAAGAGAGUAAUCAUCUGGGGAAACCAUUCAUCAACCCAGUUCCCUGAUGCUUCGAAUGCUGUAGCUAUUGUUGGAGGCGCUCAAAAAUCUGUUUCUGAAAUUAUCAAUGAUGAUGCAUAUUUGAAAGGCGCAUUUGUAACAACGGUUCAAAAACGUGGUGCUGCCGUUAUUGCCGCCAGGAAAAUGUCAUCUGCUCUUUCUGCUGCUAAAGCUGCAUCAGACCACAUGAGAGAUUGGUUCCUUGGCACUGAAGACAGAUGGGUUAGCAUGGGAGUUGUUUCAGAUGGAUCUUAUGGUACUCCGCGUGAUGUUGUAUAUUCAUUCCCUGUUACUGUUACCAAUGGAAAGUGGAAAAUUGUUGAGGGUCUCACUAUCUCUGAUUUUGCCCGUCAAAUGCUCGAUGCUACUGGCAAAGAGUUGGUCGAAGAAAAACAGGAGGCUUUAGAUGUCUGCAAAGAUUGACUGAGUAAUCUUUAAGGAUAAUAAUUAGUAUAAAAUACCACUUACAUUAAGUAGGCACAAUGCUUAUGUAAAUUGGUAAGAACAAUUUGUUGAUAUUGUUUUUUUUUGGUAUUAACCUAAUCAUGGCAGGUUAAAAAGCAUUAUUGUUAAAGCUUUUAUCAAUGUUUUUAUUUUUGUAUUAGAGUUGUAGAUGUUUUUAAAACAUUCAGAUUCAGUGGUUAAAUAUUUCAUGUCAUUUUGUUCAUUGAGUUUAUCAUAUCACAUAUAAUCUGAUAAACUGUUAUUUUAUGAAA